AGAUCUCUAUCUACCUCCAUUCCUCAUCCAUGGCCAUCUCAAAAACUCAUCAUGCUUUUCUCCUUCCUUCACCAGGCAUGGGUCACUUAAUCCCAGCCCUAGAACUCGCCAAGCGUUUAGUCACUCACCAAAUCAUUCCCAAACUCACCUUCUUUUACACUCCAAUAGCAAACUCCACUCCCUCCAAAGCCGAAACCCUAGUUCUUCACUCAGCCAUCAAAGAAAACCUCUUUGAUGUAAUCCAACAGCCCCCACUUGACCUCACCACCAAACUUCACCCUCAUGCCUCUGCAGAAGACCAACUAGCGAUCUUACUACACGAACUUCCCUCCUUUGUGUCCACAAUCUCCACCAUGAACCUCAACCCCACCAUCAUCAUCACCGAUUUCUUCAUAUGCCAACUUCUAACUCUCGUCCAAAACCUGAACCUACCCAUGUUUGCUUUUUCGCCGACCAAUGCGUGGCUCGUUGCACUUGGCCUUCACACCCCCACUUUGGAUAAACAGAUACAAGGAGAAUAUGUGGACGAGAUUGAACCAAUCUCAAUCCCUGGCUGCAAACCCAUAUAUCCCAGAGACAUGUUCCAAAUGUUGAGCGACAGAACACACAGGUUGUACCAUGAAUUUAUUGCCGCGUGCGAAGGGGCAGCAUUGGCUGAUGCGAUCUUUGUGAACACGUUUCAUGAGUUGGAAGCUAAGACACUUGAAGCACUUGGUAGUGGAGGCAUUAUUAGCAAGGUGCCCGUGUACCCGGUUGGGCCAAUAGUAUGGGAACCAAGCCCGAGCCCAAGCCCGAGCCCGAGUAGUGAAGAGGGAAAGAGAAGUGAAAUUGUUGAGUGGCUGAAGAGGCAAGAAGAGGAGUCAGUGGUGUUUGUAUCACUUGGGAGUGGAUACACUAUGUCACGCGAAGAAAUCAAAGAGAUGGCUUUGGGUUUGGAACUAAGUGGAAACAAAUUUGUUUGGUCUUUACGUCCAUCGGUCAACAAAGCCGGCCAUGAUCACUAUCUCACAGCAGGCGAUGAAACCGGAAGUAAUGGUACGGUGUCAAAUGUGGAAAAAUCAGAUUUGUUUCCCGAUGAAUUUCAUCGCAUAGAAAGCAGUGGGAUUGUGAUCACAGAUUGGGCACCACAGUUGGAGAUUCUGAAGCAUCCAUCGAUUGGUGGUUUUGUGUCACACUGUGGAUGGAACUCUGUGAUGGAGAGUGUUUCAUGUGGGGUGCCAAUAGUUGGAUUGCCUCUUUUUGCAGACCAAAUGAUGAAUGCUACAAUGCUUGUGGAGGAAGUUGGCAACGCAGUUCGAGUAGAAGUUUCACCCUCUACAAACAUGGUUCAAGGGGUGGAUUUAGCAAAAGAAAUAAGGAAGAUAAUGGACAAGGAUGACAAAGAAGGUUGUGUGAUAAGAAAAAGGGCUAAAGAACUCAAACACUUGGCCGAAAGAGCUUGGUCUCAUCAUGGUUCUUCGUAUUCUGCACUGUGUAAAAUCGCUCACUGAAAUUGUUUGGUAACUCUUUUGGCUGAUACUUAAUCUCUUUGGUGAAAGUAUGAAAUAACCAAUUGCUAUAUUAUUUUGUUUGAGCUUUCAUUAUUUAAAUUUCCUUUUCUAUUUUAAUAAAUUACGUGUAAUGAUUCCAACUCUUUUGUCUUCAUCGAUCUGAAUUUACGUAUAUAUAUCAUAUGCAUUUGCAGUGUACCAAA